CCGCCGCCUCUGGCUCCCCCGAGUCCCGCGCCAUUUCCUCUUGGCCGCCGGGCCCCGGAGGCUCGGGGAGGGGCGCGGUGCCGAGGCGAGGAGGCAUGCGGCCGCCCCCGGGGCCGUGGUGGCCGCUGCUCUGGCUGCCGCUGCUGGCCCCACUGCCCACGGGCGGCGUGCACGGGGAGGAGGAGGCGGCGUUGGCAGUUUCAAGGUGUAAAACUUUGAAGGAAAUGGAUUCAAUUAAAAGUUUUCAGUCAGAUUGUUACUGCUACAAUCAACGUUCCCAAAUGGAGUGGACAUCUAUCUGGUCAACUGUGCAGGUGAAAAUGACCAGCCCAGGCCUGCUCAAUUUUGUGUAUAUCACGGAAAGCCAUAAUUGCAGGUAUCCAGAAACCAUCCUGUCUUUUAUCAAAUGUGUGAUUCAUAACUUUUGGGCACCAAAGGAAUCUAAUGAAAUAACCAUCACCAUCCAUCCAUACGAGGAGACGGCAUGCUUCUCUUUGAAACCUGUCGGGAAGAUGCUGGCCUACACGAUAAGUGUGAGCCGAAACAUUGUAGAUUUCAGACUCUUCCUUGUAUGUGUGGCAGGCGUUUUCCUUUUCUUGUACGCAGAAACCUUGAGUCAAAGUGCUGUUUUCUAUUACUCUUCGGGGACUGUGCUAGGUGUUCUAAUGACAUUAGUCUUUGUCCUGCUCUUGGUGAAAAGGUACAUUCCAAAGUAUAGCACCUUUUGGGCUCUAAUGGUUGGUUGUUGCUUUGCUUCAGUUUAUGUUGUGUGCCAGUUGAUGGAAGAUAUGAAGUGGCUGUGGUAUGAAAACAGAAUAUUUAUAUUAGGCUAUGUCUUGAUAGUCGGACUGUGCAGCUUUGCUGUCUGUUACAAACACGGGCCCCUUGUGGACAGCAGGAGCAGAAGCCUCUUGGCGUGGACACUGCGGUUGCUGUCCCUGGUGCUCAUCUAUGCUGGUGUGGCCAUGCCUCAGUUUGCCUACGCACUCAUGGUCCUCCUCGUGGCCUUUCGGAAUGUGGGCUUCCCCCUGAAGGUAUUCAGCUACAUCAGGUGGAAAAUGAAGCAGUGGUGUCCAUCCAAAAAGCUGGCGGUCCGCUACCUUACUGAAGAUGAGUACAGGGAACAAGCUGAGGCCGCGACGGCCAGCGCCCUGGAGGAGCUGCGCCGGGCCUGCCGCAGAGCCGACUUCCCCUCGUGGCUGGCCGUUUCCAGGCUGCAGGCUCCGAAAAAAUUUGCCGAGUUUGUUCUGGGAGCAAGCCACUUGUCACCUGAAGAAAUCAGUCUGCACGAGGAGCAGUAUGGCCUUGGGGGUGCCUUCUUGGAAGAGCAGCUCUUUAACCCGAGGACUGACAGCCUGCCCUUGAGUUGACUUCAUUCUGCUCAAGGCAGUGAGUAAAGGCAGAGAUCCUGUUAAAGUUGGGUAGAACUGUUAUGGGGAACGGUGGCAAAAGCACCUGUUGUGGGGAGUAAUGAGCCACAGUGGAGAAGAUCCUGCAUUGAAGACCACUUGUCGUGCGGAAGAAUGCUGCUACUUACUGCCCAGUGGGUGGGCUCCAAGAUUCUGUGUCCUUUGUUGUUGCUUUCCUUGCGUGGAGGAACAUGUUCAUCAGGAACAAGGGAAUCACAUUCAGGGAGCCAGGAAGCACAAACAGGUGCCUUGUCAACCCCAGGGCACUUGCACUCUCUUCAUCCCCUGCGCCUGCGUCAAGACUGCGUUAUUCUUGCCGCCUUUCAUCACCGUCGGUGCUGCAGAAGACCUGAGACAACGGCGGGCCAUAGACUACCACUGAGUACAGUCAGCAGUGUCAGCCUUGACCGACACAGAGUUUAACAGAUGUCCUGCAGAACUUCUCAGAGCCUUCAAGGAUGCUAAUGCACAUGGUAAUCUCCUAAAGGGAAGACGUUGUUGUGCAUGGCUUCUGAGCUCAUUUGACCAAAGAACCCUUCUUCCUGAGGAUAAGAUACCUGGGAACAUGUUUGGACAACGCUAAUGAAGGUAGCAUUGAGGUUUGGGGAACUUGCGUGACUUGUGUACGACCACAAAGCCUUGUAGAGGCAGCACUGAAUGAACUCCAGUCCUCACAUGGCCUGUGUGUGGCUCAGGGUGAGAAGAGCUCUCUCAAUGCAAGCUGAGGGCCUGCAGCCUUGAGUCUCAUAAUGUGGAUAACCUUUUUGUUUUUCAAUAGUGGCUAAUACCAUUUCAUAACUGGGAUAAAGAGAACUAUUUCUUAAGAUUAUAUUUUAAAGCUUUGAUAAGACUUUUUUAUGUAUAUGUAAAGAAUAGAAAUUGUAGCUAUUUCCUCUGUGUGAAUGUGUGUUGACAUUGAAGGCAUUUAACCUCUUAAGACAUUUUGAAUUGAGUCGAGCAUUUUAAGUAAUUGUUUACUUGUCUAGGUUUGUGAUAGUUCCCUACCAAACAGAUCGUGAUCUUCUUCACAGAGAGCAGAUCUUUUUGUCGAAGUGUAAACUGAGAUGCUGGGGGAAGGAGGCCAAAGUAUAGAUCAGAGGGAAGAUUGGAGCCUGGCAAACAGAUCCUAAGGGUUAUAGUGUUGCUACAUCGAUUCUCCCUGAGACUCAGACUGGAGAUUUGCUGUGAUGAGACCACAAAGGUUGAGAGGUCCCCCUCUACUGGGAGAAAGGUUGCAGGGGAGGGGCAUGUGAAGAAUGUUGGUGCUGUUGCUUUCCUGAGCCAAAUUUAGUAGAAUGUCUCUAAUAAAGGUGCAGCUGCCCAUUUGGAACUUUCCAGAUUGAUUCUCAAGUGAUAUUUCCUCUUUGAAGCAGUAUAUGUGCAGGUCUGUUUUUACCAUACACUUUAUGAUAUUAGGAGCUCUGCCUUUUUGGGCAACAUUUACUUAUUCAAUCUGUACCUUUACAUAGACUUGGACUUAAAAAACAAAACAAAACCAAGAACAUAUCUUCCAUUCAGAUUAUGAUGAGAACUAUUUCACAAGCAUAAACAGAAGUGCUGACGUUGUUUUAUGUGAUUUUUACUUUGUAUCCUAUUUGUCGGUAUGGAUGUCUGUGCUGCCCAAGUUCACCUCCCAGGAGGCAGUUUGUGGAGCAGCAGGGUAUGUGACCUGCCCGCCCGAGUUGCCGUGGGACGUCCAUGGCAGUUCAGCCGCGGCUGGCCCCGAGCCAGGGCGAGGAAGCACUGCCCAUGGAAGGCAGCAGCUCCUAGAGGGCUGAGGAGCUGGUGUGACCAUCACAGAACAGCAGCUACAGGAAGAUCUUCCGGGGUAGUGUUUCUCCUGUUUGUUUCUAGAGGAAAUCACAGAUUUGUCAGAUUCUCUCCUGUGAGUACUGAGAACUACUAAACCGUGAACAGUAUUACCUGUGAUAUUUUUGGUGUUUUUAUGUUGUUUCGAUUUGAUUUUGGGGUUUCUUAGCGCCAAUCACAAUUCUCAUCUCCAACAAGCAGUGUACAGAUGAUGCUAAGAGGUUUUUGCCUCCUUCCCUUCCUCCCUUCCUCUUUUUCUCUUCUUCCCUCACCUCCUCUCUCCCUUUUGAUGCCCCCCUCCUCCCUGUCUAAAGGCCUUUGCAGGUGUGUGUGGCUGUGCAGGGUCUGCUGUUCAGAGGCGGGCACAGUGGCUUCGGGCUUCCUGCUGCCCGGGGUGGAGCCCACAGCUCUGCUGUGUUGCUGCCUGCGCCAGGCGCCUCACGAAAGUUCACUGUUGCUUGCUGGUGGGACUCUGACACCAGAUGUGGGGGUGAGAAGUAGCGUAGGUGGCCAGGCUUAAACAGUCAGACCAUUCAAAUGGUAUUUGAAAAGGGUUUCUAAAACACAUUUCACAUAUCACAAAAAAGCACUUUGUGAUUAGUUGUAUAAUUUGCCAGUGAUAUUUAGAGCUGAAUUACAGGGGAGUGUCCCUGUGACACUUAGGACAAUAUUGCAACUUUUAUGACUUUUUAAAAAUUCUGGAAAUGUAAGAGAUUUCAUAUUUUUAGAGGUUUGGAAUAAAUGAUAGAUUACAUCAAUAUAUGUAAUCUAUCUGGAUGACUCAAGGCCCUGUAAUGAUGUCAGGAAAUGGGCUCUUACGUAGUUAUUCCCCAGAAUUAGAGACAUACACUUAAAACAUUUUUUAAAAAUUAUUUUAUUUAAAAGGCAGAGAGACAGGGAGAGCUCCCAUCUGCUGGCUGACUUCCAAAACGCCUGCAUAGCUGAGGCUGGGCCAGGCUGAAGCUGGGAGCCCGGAACCCCAUACUUGAGUCAUCUCCUGCAUUAUCAGGAAGCUGGAAUCAGGAGCAGAGUCAGAAUCGGAACCCAGGCACGCCAGUGUGGGAUGUAGGGGUCCCAAGUGGUAUCUUAGCCAUUGUGCCAAGCACCUGCUCGGAGAAGGACACUUUUUACAUCAGCUUUGCUUUUUUUUUUUUUCUUUGUCCAAAUGGAGACUCAACCUUGUGCAUAGACUACAUAAUGAAUGAAGAAGCCUGCAGUAAUAUAAAGGUGGCAUGGCACUGAUGCUAAUCUACUCUUUGGUUGUUGACUAAUAUCCCAUUCCCUACUCACAGGCACUUUUUCCCUGA